AUGGAACAAGUUGUUAUGCCAAUUGGUUCUAGAAUUAGCAUUGAAGAACUACUAAAGAGUUGUUUUUGCAUGAAACCCCAAGAUUUCAAGCUCCGUGAGUUUCUUCAUAACAACUGGGUUUCAAGCACUCGCAAAGGAGUCAAACGCAACCACACGAAGAAAUUCAAAUAG